AUGGCUGAGAAAUGCCCCAAGUCAAAACUAAAAAGAAAGAAAUUGUCUAUCGAGGAGCCCCGAACUGAUAUAUUUUUCAGGAACACGCUGAUAAAGAACAACGAAAGUUCCAAUGCUUCGAUUGAAAGCUUGAGUUCAACGAGGUAAGCAAGCAGUCGAAGUGCAGUAACGUUAGCCAUCUAUCUAGCUCCCCCCAUCACAUGACUUACUCUUUUUUGUUUUGAUUGCAAUACAGGAUAUGUAUAACUGAUACCCAGAUUGAACAUUAGCAUCUAGAAUUACUCUGUGCUGCGGUGACAAGGAGAUAAUGCAUCUCUGUCUUCCUUGAUUGCAAUGCAUUGUCUUCAUUUCAAAUAGAUAGUGGUUGGUUCUCAUAGACAAGUACAUAUUAAAUUAAGAAACAUAAUUGCUCAUGUUCUCUUUACUAAUCAUACUUAUGUGCUCUAUUAUUUUGCUGUGUUCUGUAGACCUGUGGUCCCUACAGAGGCGUGGUGGUCCAGAGGUGACCUGGCUGCAAUUGAGAGCCUCUGGGCCCUGACUCUGAGUUCUGCUCUUCCCUGUCUGGAAGCUCACCCCUGGGACCCAGUCCCUGACCUUCCAACAGCCUCCACACUGGUGAGUUAGCCAGCUCAGGAGUGUGGAUGCAUCUCAAUAGCUGUGUAGGUGCAAGACUUUGUUCAGAUUGUACUAAUCAACUGGUCAUCGCCUUAAAUCGAGACCUUUAUUAAUUGAAUGUGGCACGUUGUUGUAUGGCUUGAACAAAAGCUUUUAUUUACAAAGUUAGCAAUCCCACUAUAAGUAGCUAAGUUUACAUCCAAUUGGCUACAGAUUUUCAUGCAAAAAUAUAAAAAAAUCUGCAUAAAGAAAUGGUGCAUUUUCCCACCAGUUGUGUUUCCACCAAACUGACUUGUUGUGGAUAAAAAGCAGUGCUUGACGAUGUAGUGCACAUCAAAUGUACUUUUUAGCUUAGAAUAAAAAUGUGUUUCCAUUUCAUUUUCAAAUGUGCCGAUAGUUUUGUCACAAAAACGGUUGAGUUAAAUAGCAUAUGUGCCUACUCUGGUCUUGGCACCUGCGCUCCAGCCAACAACUGGCAGAUACAGUGCGGGUUGUCUAGUCUACAUUAUGAGAUGAUUAUGGAUAAGAGCGAGACUAUUUUUAUUUGUCAAACGGCAGCCAAGCAUCAUCUUCAUGUCACCAGAAUAAGCCACACUCAAUAUUUAUUGGAAAAGAGCAUCAAGCUCAUCACUGUGCAGUUUCACCACCCUGUGAAGUUCAUCAUAACUUAUUUCAUAUGUAGCCUAAUUUAUGCUGGCUUCAUGUGCUCAUGGGAAGUGGGAAGUCGUAAAUCUGACCAUGAUUGUGUUCAAGUGCUUUUGAAGUCGGAACAAUUCUUCAACCGAUAAGAUUUUAGCUAGCCUGAUAAGCUUGCUAACAUUGCUAAUAAUAAAGUUAUCAGCUUGCUUAACAUUGACAAUAUGGUCAGACUAGCUACAUUAUCCAUAUUGAUGGUUGUAAUUGUCAAAAACAGACUUGUUGUCAUCUCUUGGUUGUGAAGGUAAAACUUCAGCGGUGAAACGUCACAACUCGGCAAAUCAAGUAACAACAUUUUCACAGAGUUUACCACGUGUAUUUUCAACUUGGGGGGGCAUUCAAGUGAAAUUUCCCACUGGGAACUAGGAGCUUCCGAUAACUCAGAUAGCACGUGAACGAGGCAAAACUGCAUGCUUUCCCUAGUCAUAGUGGGAGGACCACGCAUCAUAUCAUUGUGACUCCAAGUUUAGGCUACGUCGAUAUGAUUGUUAUUCUAUCAAUAUUUGUGCAUAAAUGCAUUUUCACCGCCAUUUCUCGCAUAAUACAUUUUAGACACAAAAAUAUCCCACCUUGUUUUGUCGACAUUUGGGAAGUUAACCGACAGGUUUCUAUCAGGCCUGUCGUAACAUAUACUUUACUCAAAUAAAAAGGUUGGAUGAAAACCUGGUUAGUGAUGAUUUCUCACACCUCAGCCACCACCUUUGUGUCAAUUCCACCUUGUACCAUGCAGGACUAAACAGACAAUGUCUCAGAAAAUUGAAAUUUCUCUCACAUACAAUAGCUGUUUUUGAACAGACUCAGCACUAACUAGUGGAGGAAGAAACCAAUGUGUCGUUGAGUACUGCUGAGCUGACUAAAAUGGCGGCCACUGUUGACCUCCCAGACGGGUAUAGCCUGCCGGAUGGCUGGCGCUGGGUCUCAAAGCUCCGGUCAGACAGUGGCAGUUCUGGGCCACGCACUCCACAUGAACCAAUCACUUUGACAGGUAGCUGAUGCAAUCUCGCAUUCGCUGAAUAAUUGACUCCAGUGGGCUUCUCUUAGAAAAGCACUGCUAGCUACCAGCUAAAGGAGUAAGUUAAGCCGCUAUGUGACAGACAUAUGGCCCAGACGAGAGACUGGAUGAAAUGAUGUGUGAGGUGCCGCCGGGACAGCAACUCCAAUGCUAGCGUCUCUUUUUCUUUUAACACUCCCAGUCCCUCCUUAUUACGUAUUUGGACACAUUAGACUUAGUCACAUUUGAGAGGAUCUCAAGGGCCCUGCUUGAUGGGGACAAAGUUACUCUAAGCAUGCCCCUCGCUCUCUGGCUCUCUCCUUCCCAUUCUCUCUCCUUUUCUAUUGUUCUCUCUUAAAUCCCUAUCAUUUCGCUCAACCUCUCUUUCUGCCUCUCUCUCCUUUCUUUCUGUCAAACACACUCCCCCUUCUCUCUCUCUCUCUCUCUCUCUCUCUCUCUCUCUCUCUCUCUCUCUCUCUCUCUGUCUCUGUCUCUGUCUCUGUCUCUGUCUCUGUCUCUGUGUGUGUGUGUUUCAGAGCUCUACUGUAGACCAGCAGAGUGAAUGGAGAUGGUGUAGCCUCAGUGAGGACAUGACUCCCUUUCCCUCCUCUCCCUCUCCUCCUCCCAUGGCCCCACACUGUUCCACCACAGACUCUCCUCUCAAUCCUUCUCCUGGUCUGGAAAAUACUCUCCUCCCGGUCCCAGUACAGACUAGGCAGACAACAUCCACCAUCAGUGGCCCUCCUUUGAAGUCUGCUCCCUGUCAAGAGGGGCCCGGAGAGGGGACUAGUAGUAGUGGUGCUGGCCACCCCAGACCACCAAGUCUGGGAGCCAGAGUGCCUGCUAGCUACGGAAGGGGAGGCCCAUGGAGUGGAGGGGGGCAUAGCAUGGUGUCAUCCAGAAAGGACACAAAACGAGGGGAAGGAGGGCAAAACACGGGAGCGGCCAGACCCCACCCUACAGCCAGGCGACCAGGAGGAGAGAAGGAGAGUCACCCCUCUAUUCCUCAGCCCUCCAUCAUCAGAGCAGGGAACGGAGGAUCAUCAUUACCACCAGAAGCCAGAAAGGGUGGAGGAGGAGUAGGAGAGGAGGGAGAGAAGAGGGGGAUGAAGAGGCUGCAGCUACCUGCAAACCGGGGGGAAGCCUCUUCCUCUACCUCUGACAGCUGCACUGCUGCUCCCAUGGAGGAGGAGGGGGAGAAAAGGGAGGAGGGGGUGUCUAGGAAGGGCAGAGCUGAUGGGGAUGCUGGCAAAGGAGGAGGAGGAUGGGCAAUGCAGAGCUGCCCCAUGUGCCUGGUGCCGUUUCCAGCUGGGUAAGUUAGGGCUGCCUGCCUCUUCACCUCUCUGUAUUCAGCACACUCAUCUGCUCUCUCUCUUUCUCUCUCCCAUAUGUCUGCUGCCUUAUACUACUUUCCUUCCUACGCACUCAAAUUGAAUGGUAGGUGGCUGCUCUUCUGCAGAGGUAAAACAUUGGUGUCUGACAAAUCCCCCUGUAGCUCAGUUGGUAGAGCAUGGCGCUUGCAACGCCAGGGUUGUGGGUUCGUUUCCCACGGGGGGCCAGUAUGAAAAUGUAUGCACUCACUAACUGUAAGUCGCUCUAAAAAUCCAAGGGAGAACCAUUGACUGUAUGGAUUCAAUACUUUCACAUAUGCAGGGCAUUUCAAAAUGUACACUACCGGUCAAAAGUUUUAGAACACCUACUCAUUCAAGGGUUUUUCUUUAUUUGUUACUAUUUUCUACAUUGUACAAUAAUAGUGAAGACUAUGAAAUAACACAUAUGGAAUCAUGUAGUAACCAAAAAAGUGAUAUAUUUGAAGAAUUUCAAAUGUAAAAUAUAUUAUGAUUUGUUUAACACUUUUUUGGUUACUAUAUGAUUCCAUAUGUGUUAUUUAAUAGUGUUGAUGUCUUCACUAUUAUUCUACAAUGUAGAAAAUAAAAAUAAAUAAAGAAAAACCCUUGAAUGAGUAAGUGUUCUAAAACUUUUGACCGGUAGUGUAGAUCUAGGAUAUACAUCCUAGACUGCAUUUUAAAAUGUAGAUCUUUACAUCGUAGAUUGCAUAGUGGACCAUGCUGGGUUUGCAUGUAAACAGUGGAAGGGACGUAGGUUGAAAAAAAAAAAAAGUACACAGUAAAUCAUUCAUUGAAAUGGGUCAAAAACGAAGGCCGUUUUAAGUGAGGUAGAGGAGGAGUGAAUGACAGGGCUAAAAAGCAGGGCUCAGGGCCAGUGGUGCGAGAGCUUGAUCCCUCUCGCUCUCUCCCCUCUCGUUGUACUUUCUUUCGGUCUCUCUCUCUCGGCUCGUUUUACUCUCUUUCUGAACAGGCCGGCCUUUGUGUUGGCCUGGGUCUGGCCCCGCAUCGUGGUCUGCUCCCCUAGCCAGCUCUGUGUACCUUGGCCCGGCCACACAACCCCGCUGUACUCCCUCCCAACUAUCUCUCUCUCUCUCUCUUGGCUGGACUAGCAGGAACAAUGGCUUCCUCUGUCUGGAGAGAUAAAAGGAAGAAGGCAGAGGAGAGUGACCUAGAAGGGGGAAGAGAGAGGGAGCGGCAUACAUCCAUCGUGUGCGUGUUUAGUGUGCAUGGAUGCAGGAGGAUACGGGUGGCAGGGUUCUUAGAAAGUACAUUAUUUGGAGCAAAAUUACUCUGCUCUAGUUUCUUCUCUUUCUCAGUCUCUCUCUCUCUCUCUCUCCUGAAGAGGACCCUCUGAUCGCGCAUUACCCUCCAGCAGAAUGACGUAGAGAGAGAGAUGCAGAGAGAGAUACAGAAAGAGUGAUCGAGAGGGAGAAUGAGCGAGAGAGAGGGAGCGAGAGAGCGUAAAUCUCAGCAGGCCUUUAAAACAGUAACGAGUAAAAAGUACAUGAGACCAAAACUGUGCGAGGAGCCCAGCAGGAGAGCAGUAGCAGUCUGAAGUUAAUAAGCUGCCAUCCAAGGCUACUGCUGAAACCACUGAAGCUCCAUUCAGUUUCAGUGCACUUUCAGUGCAGUCGGCAGUUGCGUUGAGCUUGAGCAUCAUUUCGAUACAAUACGUGCGAUGAAAGUUGUGAUCACUGAAGGUAAUACAUGGCGGUUAGGGAAGGCAUUUCCCAAACUAAACAGAUUCCUGUGAUUAUAGACUGCCGUUUUAAAGUAGGCCUCGAAUUGUUACUCUUUUUUUUAGUAAGAAAUAUUUGAUUGCUUCCUUCUUGUGAAGGAUUUCUCCUGUAGAAAGAGAUUUGAACCACCUGUAUUGACAAAUGACUGAAACGCUGUCCAUCCAUAUCUCCAGGUUCACUCAGAUGGACUGUGACAGCCACCUGGCCAAGUGUCUGUCGGAGAUGACCGUCGACAUGACCUGGUGA